AUGGCUGAUGAUUUAGGAGACGAGUGGUGGACUCAGGGCGACAAUUCUGGUCCGUCAGAGGUGGAAGAGGACCCACAGCCCUCUACAGAAGAGCAACAGAAUAAAUCUACAUCAAAGAAACGAAAAAGUGAAAAACCGACACAAGAAAACACCAAGAAAAAGAAAAGAAAGAAAACUGAUCAGAAGGAAUGUUUCAUCACACAGGAGAGAACAGAGGAAAAGGGUGAUAAAGAAUCCAACACAAAAAAGAAGAGACGAAAGAAGAAGAAAACUAUCACAGAUGUCCUGGCGAGCGCCGAGCCUGUGCCUGGCUCUCCAUCUGACCUGAGGAGCAUUCUGAAGACUCACUAUAGCCAGACACGCUCUGUUAUCGAGCAGGAGGAACUGACGCUACCGGACUCUUGUUUCCUGAACAUUAAUGAUCUCACACAUACUUUGUCCUCCUACCUCAAAGAAGUCUGUCCAAAGUGGGCUAAAAUACAGAAGCAGCACACCCAGACACGGUCAAUCGUAUUGCUCAUUGUUUGUGGAUCUGCUCUCAGGACCAUUGACCUCAUUAAGCAGCUAGGCGCAUUCAAAGGACAAGCGAAAGUGCAGAAGUUGUUCGCGAGACACAUCAAGUUGGAUGACCAUAUAAUCUUAGGCAAAGGUGUGACGCAUAUUGGCGUUGGAACCCCGGGGAGAAUCGCCGCGCUUUUAGAAAAAGAGGGUUUGACCAUGCAGGGAUUGCGAUAUCUGAUAUUCGACUGGAACCACAGAGACCAGAAGCAGAGAAGAAUGGUGGAUGUACCAGAGGUGAAAACAGACUUGUUGAAGAUAAUGGACCUUGGUCUAGUGCAAAGCUGCAGAGAAGGAUCAGUUAAAAUAGGACUCUUUUGAGCAUACUGCCUGCUUUCAUAUUCAUGUCACUGUGCUUGUUUGAUAUGUAUUUGAUGUAACUAUUGCAACAUUUUUAGUGUUAUACAGUUGUCAGCUGCAAGAGCGAAUAUGAUCCCCUCAGAGUUUUGUUCAGGUUUAUAAAUAAACCCAUUUGAUUGGA